AUGUCCAAGACUGAACUUAGGAACUACGAGACACUUCAUAAGGGUGAAAAACUGUCUUCUCCUGAUAACCGUUUCCAUGCCAUCUUACAGGACGAUGGCAAUUUUGUCAUCUACGGGCCGAUCUGGUCUUCCAAUACCCAUGGCAAUGGACAACGUGUUGUCAUGCAGAAUGGCAAUCUGCUCAUCUACACAACGUCUGGAGACGUUUUGAGAGCUCGUGACAAUGGCGGUGGCUCUGCUGACUGCUGCGCUCGUGUCACUGAUGACGGCCACCUAGUGAUUGUGGACCAAGGACGGGAGUUGUGGAGGAGCGAUCCUAAGUCCACACUUAUUUAUGAAACAAAGUGGCCGGGGGGCAUGCGUUAA